GCAAAAGGGAUUAACAGAAACUUGUCGUCCCGACUUGGGCCUCGGAAACAAUUUUGGCAGCUCAUCCUGAAAGGCUCAGCUGCGUGUUUCGGUGUAAGUUACGGUUUUCUCCCUGCCAAACUUAAUUAAUCUGUGAACAAAGUUUGUUUGUGACUCAACGAAGCACGUAUAAAUAAUUCCUUUCCACCGCAAACAUCUUGCCCAUCCCUCGCUUCUCCCAUUCCCAGAAAACUUAACAGCAUCGAACAUUGCCGUAAUGAGGUUCUCCAAGGAAACACCAGAGGCUCGGGUUGCAAUCGUCUUGGCUGAGAGCACGAGUUCUACGCCCAGCUUCAAGGCCCACAUCCGCAAAACGCUCAAGGAUGGCGUUUACGAGAAGGAGAUCGCUCGGUACGUUGAGGCGGCGAUGGAGAAAAAGGACAACUUCUUGCUGGUUUCCGCCGCAACCGACAGGAGGAUCAAGAAGGCCGCCUGGGCCAGGAAAUAUAAUCAUAACGAGGAGACAUGGGCUGCGCUCCUAAACGAAGAGAUGUGCAAAAAGAUAGAGGCUUACAUUACCGCCGUCGACGCCGAUGUCAUCUCAACAAAUCAGCACCUUAAGGUCCUCGUUGAACAAUCCCCAGUGCGCCUGAACAAGCACUGGAAGGAGUCCAAACGACUAAGAAGAUUGGUCGCGCAGAUGCAGAGCAGCCUUAUUAUCCUUCGGGAGCAGACGAACCAGAUCAUCGGCAUGUGGAUCAACAAGAUGGGUCGCUUUGGACGUCAAUGGAGUAGCGAUUGGGCGUAUAUCGACCUCUUGAUCCGUCGAUGCAAGAACCCACAGCGAGCAAGGCUCUCCCUGUUCCGGGACCGCCAGGUCAAUGCUGAAAACCAAGAGGACUUCAGGGAGGAGGUCUUAAACGCAUACGGCACCAGGCCCUGCGAGAAGCCGCAUGGGCAGUACCAGGAGAGCUGGUGCUGUAUCGACGGGUCCUGGGAGCAGCAGCCUUACAAUCCCGUGGUUGAAGCGCGCCUCGUCCCCUACCAUAUCGGGGAGGCCCAGGCGCGGCACCUAUUCGGACCGGCAAUGGACGAGGACGGGCACUUGAUGAGCCCCAAAUGCGCCCUGUCGGUGUGCGCCCACUACGAAUGGUACCUGGAUUACAGCAUUGCCUUCAAACCUGUCGAAAACAGCGACGACAUCCAAAUUGUCGUGCUCCACCCGUAUCAGUCGUGUUUAGACCAUAUCGAUGGAAAGAUCAUGACUUUCCACAACGAGUUCCGGCCUGCAAAGCGGUAUCUAUACUUUGCCUUUGCGACGGCGCUUCUGUGGUCAGAAAAUCGAAGCUCCGGGCUGGUGGCGCAAGCACCUGGAACACGGACUGAAGGGGAUAGGGGCGACGCCCGGAGUGAAGCCGUGGAAUUUGUCGGCCUGGAUGCAGAUCACCCCUACACAAACCCAGGAACAGCUUCCCAAGCUGACGACGUCCAGGACAUACUGGUGUCUGAUUACGUCUCAGUUUCACUUUACAAGCACCCAAUUACCAGAUUGAAGCUUCCAGAAGACGAAGAAAGACGAGAUUGGGCCGAAAAAGACCGGCUAGGUAGCUACGAAUGGUUCAUGGAGUAA